AUGAAAAAUACAACAUGUAAAGCACAUUGGCCGUACUCGUGCGCCGGUUAUCCCGCUCGCUACAAGGUGAAUGAAGCUAUAAAGUGCCAAAACGAAGGGCUGUACACAAUACCUACAUAUACAUUCUGGUUCAUAUCGGAAGAUGUAAGAUACUUGUCUGCAGGCUUCAACAGAAUAAGUUACAUAGAAAAUGGAAUGUUUCAUGGAAUGCCAAAUCUAGAAGAAUUAAUACUUCAUAAGAAUCAUAUACGCGAAAUAUCCUCGUUUGGAUUUAAGGGGCUGGAUAAACUCGAAAUUCUUCAUUUGUACUUAAACACCGAGCCCAUGAAGUUGAAGAACAGAUCAUUUGGAGGUUUGCACAGACUUAAGUUCUUGAAUAUACACAGUCUAACAAGUUUGGAGUAUCCAAAUAACAGUAAAAUAUUUGAAGAUUUAAUUUCUCUGGAGAAACUCCACAUGUGGGGAUGGAAUAUGAAACAUGAAGAAGACUUUUUUCUCCCUAAUCCACACCUGUUACGUAGAUUACGCAUGGAUCAACUACAUGCACACACAAUGCUGUUUAGAAACCCAACGAACUAUAGUAACCUUGAGGAGCUUAGGUUUUCUAGCAAUGAUAGAAUAUUAGAUGGACAAUUUAAUGGGUUAAACAAACUGAAAAUUCUUAGUGUAAGAUCCAUGCAAAUACUACGUCUAAAUCCUGCCACGUUUGAAGGUCUUCAAUCACUGACAUACCUGUUUAUUGGGAAUUGUAACAUCAACACGAUCGAGCAACACACAUUUGCCAAACUUCAAAAUAUUGAGCGGAUCAUAAUUUCACAAAAGGCAUUGCCCAGAUACCCACUAACAUUAUUUGAGGGACUUAAGAAUUUGACUAGUGUUGAAAGUGAUCAUAUGGAAUUGUGCUGUAUAGUUCCAUCAACAGUGAAAGAGUGUAUUCCACAGCCGGACCACCUUUCAUCCUGUGAAGAUCUGGUGAAGAACGACAUACUCAGGGUGUCUCUGUGGACAAUUGGUAUAUGUAUACUACUUGGGAACUGUGCAGUCAUAGCAAUUCGGUUCCGGGAAGACGGCACGAGGCAAAGUAUUAACAAAAUAUUGGUAGUGAAUCUAUCAUUAUCGGAUAUGAUAAUGGGAGUAUACAUUAUCAUAAUUGCUGUGAUGGAUAUGAAAUACAGAGACACCUUCUUUCAAAUCCGGGAGGUCUGGACCAAAAGUGGCUUAUGCAUGGCUUCAGGAUUUAUUGCAUAUUUGUCAACUGAAAUGUCUGUGUACAUCCUCGUUGUCAUGACGCUUGACCGAUUCCUCAAAAUAGUGUUUCCCUUUAAAAUGUGGUUACACUUUUCCAAGCGUGUUGUACAUUGUGUUCUCGUCUUUGGCUGGAUUCUUUGUAUAACCCUAACAGCUUUACCACUUCUCCCUCUCAAUUACUUCAGCCCUCAUGAAUUCUACACACAGUCCGGCUUUUGCUUGCCACUAGUGUUGAAUUAUGAUUCUGCAAAAGAAGCCAUGUUUAACAAAGCCAUGUUAAACCAACAUGAAAGUACCGAAUUGGAGGAAAACAUUGCAUUAGAUAGACAAAACAUGCAGCAACAAUAUUCCCAUUUCAACGGUUGGGAGUAUUCUUUCGCUCUUUUUAAUGUUGUCAACCUUAUCGCCCUUCUUCUUAUAGCUGCUGGCUACUUGGCUAUAUUCUUUGCUACAAAGAUCUCCAGAUUAAAAACCAAACAAUGCUCUGGACAGGAGAAAGAAAGAAGGAUGGCGGCGAAAUUGAUGUGGAUCGUAGCAACUGACUUCUGCUGCUUGGUUCCCGUAAUAAUCAUGGGAUUUCUAACCUAUUACAAGGAGAAAUUGUUGCAUAUGUCAGUAUAUUUGUGUUGCCAAUCAACAGCGCUAUCAACCCAAUACUCUACACAUUUAGCACACUUCCCUUGA